AUGCAAGAAGAGUUGCAAGUUCUUGAUGAUAACAACACUUGGAGUGUUGUUAAGCUUCCUAAAGGAAAGAAGGUUGUUGGUAGUCAAUGGAUUUACAAAACCAAGUUUCACUCCGAUGGAUCUAUUGAAAGAUAUAAAGCAAGAUUGGUAGCUCGGGGCUUCACUCAAAUGUAUGGUGUGGACUAUAAAGAGACUUUUGCUCCUGUUGCAAAAAUGAACAUAUAG